ACAACGAAUCGUCUUAGGUUUUACGUCGCAUUUUGAACUCGACUGUGUGGUUGCAUCGUCUCAGCAGCAGCCAUGGCGCAUACACUUGAUAUGGUAAACCGAGAUCCGAACAACAUCAACAACCAUCUAAAGUCCGCUUUCGAUGAUGUAUUUGCGGAACCUGAUGGCACCCACUCCAUCGACUGUGUCUGGGCACUCGCCUACAACUGCUUCAGCGGCUGUCAGGGAUUCUGGUACAAGCUCAUCACCCUCUUCUGCGGCUGUUUUAUCGCUUGCAAUUGGGGAAUCGUGUUUGCCUUCGAAGUUUUUAGGCAGGUCUGGUAUGACACCCCUUGCCUCCGCCUGUGCGCCAUACAGUGCUCGCCCUCCCAGAAAUGCUGGACCAUCUUCCUCCAAUGCUGCCUCGCGCCGCUCUGUGACGCUUGCGGAAUGUACUGGAACAACAUUAAAAUCAAUCAUAUUAAGUAACCAUUUGGUUUUAUGGAAUGGACGAAUUGUUAGCCUUGAACGGCUUAGUUUGUUCUUGUAAUGAUUUCAUGAAUGUAGAGACUUACGUUGUUAGAGAAGUGCUUGUUUGAUAUUGUGAACUCCAUCUUAAGAGAAAGCUGCAAUCUUCUUGCUGAUAAUUUUAACAAUCGAAAUAUAAUAAAUGUAUGAACUGGA